UCAUUAUAGUUUGUGCGGCUGCCUAUCUGUUGUCUCAUUGUGUACUGCAUCUUGGUUCUAGCUUCUGCCAGCACAAGCCCAAAUAACAAUGCUUCUACUUUAUAUUUUCAUUUCUCUGCUAUAUUAAAACUGAGAUGGAAGAAUAUGAAAUCUAGCAUCUUUCCUGAUUCCUUCUACACCGAUUUCUUCCCUUAUUUUCUCUACAAAAAUUAAGAUACGGUUCAACCCAUAAAACCGACUAAACCGCCGGUUUUAGGCCGGUUUUUGACCGGUUCAUUUACUUGGCGGUUUUUACUUGGCGGUUUUUAGCAGUGAACGGACCGGAUACAUCAUUUUUAUUAUUUGUUCUUUUGAUUCCUACAAAUCUUGAUUAUUUUUUGUCCUUUGUUACUUGUCUUUCCUUAUGCCUUUAAUAUGCUUUCUAAUAUACCUUCAGUUACCUUCCUCCUCUCUUCAACAUCUUAAUACUAUCUUUUUCUGGUUUAGGGUUUAGAAAGAAGGGUCAUUUUGAGGUUUUAGUGACAUCAUGAAGGUUUCUGGCUUUUGUACUUUGUUCUUGAUGGUUGUGGCAGCUUUUACCUUUUUUAGCUUCAAAAGUACCACAGCUCCCCCUUGGUUUCCAGAUUUUGUUGCUACAAGAUGUGGUGAUAAAUCAACACCAAUUGCAGUAAGCAGGAAACUGAAGGAAAAUUUCCAUAGUAUCAAAAGAAAACUUGAUGUAGGUCUUGAUGAUUACAGUCCAAUUGAUCCAUCGCCUGAUUCUGGUGCAAAGAAUGUGAAUCCAGGACCAAUUGAACAUGGAACUCCUCUUAAUCCAUACAUACCAAAACCUCCACCUCCUAGUCGUGGACAAGACGAUUAUAAUUAGGAACAACUUGUUCUUAAUUCUCUUAAUGCUACUAGAAGCAAUGCUAAAGAUUGUAAUAAUGAUGCUACUAAUGUAGUAGCACUAUUAGUUUGAACACUAUUUAACACUUUAUGUAUUGUUGUUGGGUCAAAAAGAGUCUUCAAAAGAGUCUAUUGGGUGACAUUUCUCAUGCUCAAAGUGAAGACCGUGUGUUGUCUUUAGUUUGUAUAGGUUGUUGUACAAUAUCUCAUGGUUAUCUUGCUGUGUAAUCUAUGGUUUCUCAUGUGUGUUAUGGUUGUGAAAAAUAAUAUAGUACCACUAAUUAUUUGUCUUU